GCUUCCUGCUCUGAGAGAGCGAGCGAGAGAGAGAGAGAGAGAGAGAGAGACAGAACAAGGGAAAAGACUGACAGUGAAGAGAAAACAGUGAAAGAAAUUAUAUAUUAGCGCAUACUUCUUUUCAAGGUCAACUUCUGUUCAUCCACUGUUAUUGGGUCUGCUUUUGGCCCUGUCCUAAGCCAUUUUAAGUGUUAUUUCACCUCGAUCAGGAGAACGGAUGUCUCUGCAUGGUCUGGCAAGAAUGAACAAGGUUCUCCUUGUAUUCGUCUUCGCAUUGGUGGUGGUGGAGUGUGCAGAAGUGGGAGACGUGUCAUUCAAAGGAAUGCAGUUCACUAUCACGUGUCCAUACGAUUCCUCGGAUAUAGCGUGGUCAAGAGGUCCAGCUGAUGGAAGAACAUUAACGACUGAAUACAAUGAGACGAAUAAAGGGGAGUAUAAGUGCAGCAGCGCCAACACCGAAGGAAUCACUGAGCAUUACUAUUUCUAUGUGCAAGGAAAGGUGUGUGAGAACUGCUAUGAGCUGGAUGGGUCAGUGCUGAUAGGGCUGAUUGGUAUGGAUCUGCUGGUCACCGGAGGUAUCCUUAUCCUCAUUUACAACUGCACUCGGAGGAAAUCCGCAUCUGGACCCUCCACUGCUCCAGCAUCUAGACGUCCCGUACGUUCAAGUGCUCCAUCGGUGCCUGAUCGCGACUAUGAGCAACUUAGCCAUGCCACACGAGACAGGGACACCUACGCCGUCCCAGGAGUGAACAGGACCGGCUAGACUGCUGCGUCCCAAACAGUCCUCCACCGGAAGACUCUGAUAUCCCACAUUUCCCCGUCCUUAGUCUCUCCUGCCACCCCCCGCCUCGCUGCCCACUGCAUCUCCUGGUUAGUUGUCCUGGCUACAGUGCAAUUUGUUUUUAGCGCGUUUUAUAUCUUCAAACAUUGUCUUUGGCUGUUAUUUUGUAGUUACCAAAAAAUUAUAUUUGCCAUUGAUGUAUUCAUUUUAAUAGCUUUUUAGCUUGAUAUUUAAUUAGUAGCAAACUCAAAGUUUUGAUGUUUAAUGGUACAGCUCUAGCUGUUUGUUGAAAGCAGAAAAUGGAAAAUGUUUCAUAUUUCUUAAGAAAGUUACUUCAUUAAUAUAAAUAGUAAACAAUUAUCAGCAAUAUAUUAUUAUUGUUCAUUGUGCUGCAAACAUGUUUUUUUGUGCAGCAAAAAAAACAGUUUUUGAGAACUGUGAAUUCUAUUGUGUAAAUUCUUUGAUAAAAAAACCUGUUUGAUAAAAAUAGUUCAACAAAUGUAAUUAAUUUCUCAUAUUUCAAUUUUUCAUAUUUAUGUAUAAUAUAAUAUGUUUAUUUUCAGAUUUCAAACAAAUACUGAUUAUUUAUACAGAUAUUUUGGCAUUGGCAUCCUUUUAAAUGUAAUAAUAAGACGUUAAAUUAAGUAAAAUUUGAAUGUGAAAAGAAGGAUUAUGCUUGUGUUUAUCAACAAGAGGAAACAAUUGCAUUGACAUUUCAAUGAAGUAAAACUUGAAAUUUUCAAUUAGUGAAGAAAAAAGAUCAAAAAGAAUCACUAUAACCCAUAUAGCUGUAAAUGUUAUUAUUAUCAGAUAAUCUAAAAUGUACUCUAUGCCUAAUUUGUAAACUCAAAUUAAUGAGCACCAGUUAAAUUACAUUAUGUGCUGAGGGUAU